AGCUGCUGGAGAAGUAUUGGAAGUAGAACUGGCGUUGCGGAGGCGAUGUGGCGUAUAUCCCUUGGCCGUACGGUAUUUUAGCGUCGAAUUGGUUUUUGUCAUGUCCCGGAACUCUUUGCUUCGAGAAACAAAAGCUGCAAGUGUACCGUUUGCUGGGAUGGGCAUUGACAAACCUAGCACCUCAUAAAGAUCCAGUAUCCCUCCUUGCCUGACGUGCGCAACGCAACCAUGCCUGCAAAGGAUACGCCCGGUUCUGCUGUCACGCCAGUCAAUCCCCGACCGAGCAGCAUGAGGGAAAGCGAGAAUGAUUUCGCCCCUUCAACAUUCUACUGGAGUCGGUCACGCUACACUGGCGCUCUCGGCUUCAAUCUUUUCGCUUUCGUCCUUCCUGCUCUGUACGGGACUCUCAGCAAGCUCUGGGUCGCCAAUAUCGAUAGCAGCCUAGUUGUCACCACGGAUGUCUACACAUACAUCGGGGUCGUCUCCGAAGUCCUCAACGAAGGUCUUCCACGUGCGGCCUGGCUCAUUAUCGGCGACAAGUCGAAUCGUUCUCUGGAAAGCCGCCUCAGUCUCUCUCAUACUUUGAUCGUCUUCCAAGCCAUUCUCGGACUUCUCAUGUCGAUCGUCUUCGCCACAGCUGCAAAGCAGUUCGCAGAAGUCUUUGUUCCCGAGAAUGUUCGCGAGGCUUCGUUGACAUACGUCAGAAUCUCUGCGUUCUCGGCUUUGGCGUCCGCGCUGGAAACUUCAGUAGCUACGGCUACGAGGGCGAUGGAUCAACCAGAUGUGCCUCUGGUGACCAGCUCUGCGAAGUUUGGAAUCAACAUCGUCUUGGAUCUAAUCUUGAUCUCGAAGUUCCAUGUCCCUGGUGUCGAACCGUCAGUCAACACUCAGGCAACCACACAGCUGGCGUGCAAUCUCGCAGCGUCAUUUCUUGGCUUGGCGUACUUCUUGUGGUUGGGUAAAAGAAGACUACGCAGGCUCUCGCUGAUGGGAGGGGUCACGCAACCAAUCAAACCAACCUUUAAAGCUUUGUUGAUACUUGCACGUCCUGGCGCGUGGACAUUCGCAGAAUCUGCAAUCCGCAAUGCUCUCUAUCUUUGGCUCGUGAGCGGCAUUGUUACAAUGGGUUCAGAUUACGCCACCGCCUGGGGCGUCUUCAACACCAUCCGGUGGGGACUCAUCAUGGUUCCCGUUCAAGCCCUCGAGGCAACCACUCUGGCUUUUGUCGGGCACGCCUGGGGCGAGUGGCGAUUGUUCACUGGGAUCCAGACGCAGAAGCCAAAAGCCACUCGUCAAGAGCUGAGGCCAAUCUUCAAGCCAAUCUGGAGGUCCUGCUUCAUCGCACUGGCAGUCGAGGUGCCCAUGUGCCUCUUUCUCUCCUUUUAUGGUGCUCGCAGGUUCGCGUAUUAUCUUUCUGAUUCCGAACCAGUGUCGUUGAUCACACAGAGGAUGUGGAAGUCGGUUGAUUGGUGCUACAUCUGCUAUGCGAUCUCGACACAACUUGCUGCAAUUCUACUGGCCACUCGACCUCGCUGGUACUUGUAUCAGUCUUUGGCCAGCAAUCUAUUGUGGGUUCUGCCCUGGGCGAUUGUGGUCACAAAAGUGAAUCUCAAUCCAGAAAAUGCCUGGACCUAUCAUUCUGUUGUUUUUGGAGGGAGUUUGGUCUUUAGCUUAGGCGUGAUUAUUGCAACAGUUUCAGCGUGGACGUGGGCAUUGUUGAAGGGAAGAAUGACGCUGCGCCGGCUUGAUCGCUGAGAUCGUGGCAAAUAACACCGAGCUCAGGGCCUGUACAACCACGGUACAGGCAAUCAAGUGGCGGAAACCUAAGUCUCUGCCAGGUCACAAGCUCAAUGCGAAAGGCUGACAUUGAUGACCUCUCAAGUGCUGUUCCCAGAACAGUCUGUAUUCAUGUAGCACUGCGGUUCAUUGGAACGAAAUCAGGCCGUUCACCAUGAUCCU